UGGAAGCUGCUCUUCACAGGGAUGAUGUGGAGUUUAUCAGUGACCUGAUCGCUUGCCUUCUUCAAGGUUGCUAUCAGCGCAGGGAUAUCACAUCCCAGACGUUUCACAGCUACCUGGAGGACAUCAUCAACUACCGCUGGGAGCUGGAAGAGGGGAAACCCAACCCGCUGCGGGAAUGCACAUUCCAGGAGCUGCCCCUGCGCACCCGCGUCGAGAUCCUGCACCGCCUCUGCGACUACCGCCUCGAUGCCGACGAUGUCUUCGACCUCCUCAAGGGCUUGGACGCCGACAGCCUCCGCGUGGAGCCGCUGGGCGAGGACAGCAGCGGGGCGCUCUACUGGUACUUCUACGGCACGCGCAUGUACAAGGAGGACCCGGUGCAGCCGACACCCAACGGAGAGCUGGCUCCGGACAGGGGCGGUGGGGGGCAGACAAACACCCCGAACGUUCCUGGGAAAACAGGCAAGAGACGAGGGCGACCCCCAAAGCGGAAAAAACUGCUGGAAGAAAAUCUGCUGAGGGAGAAGGCAGAAGAGAACUUGCUAAUCCGUGAGACACAGAUAAGAAAUGGGUCCCAAGGGCCAGGCCGUGGGACAUGGUGGCUGCUGUGUCAGACGGAAGAGGAGUGGAGGCAGGUCACAGAAAGCUUCAGAGAGAGGACUUCCCUUAGAGAGCGGCAGCUCUACAAACUCUUGAGUGAAGACUUCCUGCCGGAGAUCUGCAACAUGAUUGCGCAGAAGGAGAAGCGUCUGCAGCGGACAGAGUUUUCUCCCAGGUGGAUGUCUGACCAUCAGCCCAUCAAACCAAUCCAGCAGGAGGUGAGCCCGAACGUGCUGAGCUCGAUGGAGAAGCAAAGGCGCAGGGAGGAGGAGGAGGAGCGCCAAAUCCUCAUAGCAGUGCAAAAGAGAGAGCAAGAGCAGCUGCUCAAGGAGGAGAGGAAGAGAGAGAUGGAAGAGAAGGUCAAAGCAGUGGAAGAACGGGCCAGGAGGAGGAAGCUUCGUGAAGAGCGGGCCUGGCUGCUGGCACAGGGCAAAGAGCUUCCCCCAGAGCUUUCCCACUUAGAUCCCAGUUCUCCUACCAGGGAGGAGCGAAGGACCAAGGACCUCUUUGAACUGGAUGAUGAGUUCACAGCCAUGUAUAAAGUUCUAGAUGUGGUAAAGGCUCACAAGGACUCCUGGCCUUUCUUGGAACCUGUCGAUGAAUCAUAUGCUCCAAACUACUACCAGAUCAUUAAGGCCCCUAUGGACAUCUCCAGCAUGGAGAAGAAGUUGAAUGGAGGCCAGUACUGCACCAAGGAGGAAUUUGUGGGUGAUAUGAAGACCAUGUUCAGGAACUGUCUAAAAUACAAUGGUGAAGGCAGCGAAUAUACCAAAAUGGCCUACAACUUGGAGAGAUGUUUCCACCGAGCAAUGAUGAAGCACUUCCCUGGGGAAGAUGGAGACACCGAUGAGGAAUUCUGGAUCAGAGAGGAUGGGAGGCGGGAGAAGAGGAGCCGCAGGACUGGCCGCUCCAGUGCCGGCAGCGUUUGGACUCGCUCGCGCGAUCCCGAGGGACCAGGCAAGCGGCAGCAACGCCUGGAAAACGGAGGGAAACCCCCGCCGUAUCGAGCUACUUCCAGGGCUCCUGCUUCCUCCUCCUCUUCCUCCUCGUCCUUCUCCUCGUCCUCUGCAGAGGAUCCCAGUGGCAACACAAUGCAGCAUCCUCGGGAAGUGGGCCCUUCGAAUGGACGAGGUUUCCCUCGCCCGCUGCAGUACGGCGGCAUGCCCAGCCCCGUGCCGCAUCCCGGGCAGAUGAGACCAGCUGUGCCAGGGACUUUUGGCCCUCUGCGUGGAUCAGAUCCCACUAAGUUGUAUGGCUCACCACGAGUCCCAGAACCCCAUCCUGGAGAUCCGGUUCAGCAGCACCAGCACUUUGCCAUGCAGCCGGCCGUGGGGCUGAGCGAGCACCGAGGGCAUAGGCUGGCCACCCCCGAGAAGCAGGGGUGUGCAGGACCCACACACGUCGCUGGCCUGGGCCCCCGGCCCGCAGCCCUGCAGCUGGGGCGGAUGAGCGGCCCCCCUCCCGACACUGUGUACCCGCCGGCGCAAUUCCAGCAGGGAUUUCUUCCUCCGAGACACAACGGGCCUCCCUUGCGGCCGCCGGAGAGCUCGGACGUCCCCCCAGGCCAUAUGUACAGGCCCUACAAGUACCUGAACCGUGCGCACCCGGCGCUGUGGAACGGCAGCCACGGUGCUGCCACCCAGGGCACCCUGGCGCCUGAGGAGAAACCCGCCCUGGGACCCGGGCCUUCUCUCCAGCCUCGCGCCCUGGGCCACAUGAUGGACCCCCGGGCCAUAAGGCCCCCUCUGCCUCCCAGCCAGUGGACUGAGCAAUCGAAUUUCCUACCUCAUGGAGUUCCUCCCUCAGGAUAUAUCAGACCGCCCGGAAAAGCCGCCGGCCAGCGGAUGCCGCAGCCACCAGCCUCCCUGUUUGGGGGGCCGCCUCAGGUUCAGAGAGGGUGCCCGGGUGGGGACUCCAUGCUGGACAGCCCGGAGAUGAUCGCGAUGCAGCAGCUGUCGUCGCGCGUGUGCCCGCCGGGUGUGCCUUACCAGCCCCGCCAGCCGCCGCCGCCGCACCUGCCCGGCCCCUUCCCGCAGCUGCCGCACGCCGCCGCCGCCGGCACGCAGCCGCCGAAGGCCGCCCUGGGCAACGGCAGCUCGCAGGAGCAGCCCGGGCAGGCCCUGGAGCCGCAGAGCAGCCAAGUAGAACCACCCACCAGUGUGGAUGAGAAGUCUCAGUGCAUCGGCAUUCCCGACGGGGCCUACGCCAAACUCCUACCUCAUCCCAAAGCCCCGCUGCCCAUGGAGUGCACCCGGCGCACCUUGCCUCCGGAUGGGGACGGAGACGGCUCCGGAGCGAAACACGACCUGAAGGCAAUGCCCAACAAGAGCGCGUGGCCGGCCGAGAGCUCCUACGGCAGCCCAGGCGCCCAGGGCUGCGUGAGGGACCUCGUGCCCGCUGCUGAGAGAGGAGGGCCCGUGGCCGAGAACGGGGCUGUGGGCGACGGGCCCCCCUCGGGUGGCACGGAGGGCAAGGGGCUGGCAGCCAACCUCAUGGAGAAGCCCCUGUGCGGCGCGGGGAAGGCGCUGCCUGACGCAGCCGUGCCCUGCAUGGGGCAGAGCACCGGCCUCCCCGCCAUGGAUGCGGGCUCCAUGGGGGCCGCCCCGAACCAGUUCCACCCUCUCUACAUGCCCAGCUUGGAAUACCCAAAUUCAGCCGCCCGUUACCACAUCAACCCGGGCCUGCAGGGGUUCAGCCCUGUCAUGGGUGGGAAGGCGCCGCCGGUGUCUCCCGCGCAGCAUUUUCCACCGCGGGGCUUCCAGCCGAGCAACGCCCAUCCCGGCGUCUUUCCCCGGUACCGGCCCCACCAGGGCAUGCCCUACCCCUACCAGCCCCAGCCCCAGCCCUCCUACCACCACUACCAGCGACCUCCCUACUAUGCCUGUCCACAAGGCUACUCGGACUGGCAGAGGCCUCUCCACGCGCAGGCCAGCCCCAGCGGGCACCCGCCUGCCCACCCGCCGCUGGCGAGACCCCCUUUCCCUGAGCGGGGCGGCUUGCAGGCCUGUGAGGCCCUGAGCGCUGCCCUGGCCUCGCCGAACCGCGUGGACGUAGUGAGUGCCAAAGAGGUUCCUCCGAGUGACGGGCAGGAUCUGGCGCCUGAAGAUGAGAAGACCGACGAAUCGCAGGAAAGGCCGGAGAGUCCCAAAGAGUUCCUUGAUUUGGACAACCACAAUGCGGCCACGAAAAGGCAGAGCUCAGUGGCAGCAGGAGAGUUCCUCUAUGGAGCUCCCCCGCCGCCCCUGGGUUCGGGCAUGGGAUUUGGCCCAUCGGCUUUCCCUCCUCACGGGGUCAUGCUACAGACUGGCUCUCCUUACGCAUCCCGGCAUCCCAGCAGUCAUUUCCAGCCCCGGACGUAUGGAUCACCCAUGAAUGCUCACCUGUCUCAUCACCCAGCCCCUGGCCAGGCCAACGGCCUCUCUCAGGAGGGACCCCUGUACCGCUGCCGAGAGGAGAACAUAGGUCACUUCCAGGCCUUGCUGAUGGAGCAGAGAGGCAGUGGAGGUGGCAUGGGGGGGCCACCCCAGGACUUGUAUAGAUCGUCGGGAAUGCAAAUGCAUCAGGCUCAAGUUCCCUUCCCGAAGAUGCCUACUACAGCCAUGUCCCGGGAAGAGCUGACGCCGCAGAAACCAUCAGCGUUGCCUCUGGAUCAAAGCUAGUCCAAGGAAGGAAGCCCCUCAAGAAGACAAAAGCCACAUGUGAUUUGGACAGGGGGGAGGAUGGACAAACCUUCCUCCCACCCUCCCCUCACCGAGCAGCACGGAGCUUCCCGGGGCCGUGGAACGCGGCGCCGCAAUCGCUUCUGCGUUGGGAAGCGGAACA